AUGAUGUCCAGGUCAUUUCAUGGGCAGCACGGCCGUGCCUACCUCUUCCGCGAAGUGGUUAACGUGCUUGAAGGUGAACCAGUCGAGCGCCAGAUGACCACAGGCAACCAUAUUGUGCGUGACAUACAGUGUGUCAAGUGCUACGCAGUACUUGGGUGGAAAUAUGAGUAUGCGUACGAGGACGACCAGAAGUACAAGGAGGGGAAAUUCAUCCUCGAACGCAACCUGCUUGUGGAGGUGCAAUAG